AUGGAGGAGGGAGCAUGUGUUCAUAGCCCAAUGAUCAAAGUGGGUCUUCAACAUGACUUGUAUUUGAGCAACAAUUUGUUGUCUUUGUAUGCCAAAUGCUUUGGAGUUGGACCCGCACGCCAUUUCUUUGAUGAAAUGCCUCACAAGGAUGUUGUGUCAUGGACUACGCUUCUAUCUGCUCACACCAGGAACAAGCAUCAUUUUGAGGCCCUUGAGUUGUUUGACAUGAUGCUAGGUUCUGGUCAAUACCCCAAUGAGUUCACCUUGUCCAGUGCCUUAAGAUCAUGUUCUGCCUUGGGAGAGUUUGAGUUUGGGGCUCAAAUUCAUGCCUGUGUGGUUAAGCUUGGGUUGGAGCUGAAUGCGGUUCUGGCUACCACUUUGGUUGAUUUGUACACAAAGUGUGAUUGCACUGUGGAAUCACACAAAUUGCUUACAUUUGUGAAGGAUGGUGAUGUUGUGUCUUGGACAACCAUGAUCUCUUCAUUGGUGGAAACUAGUAAAUGGAGUGAAGCUCUACAACUCUAUGUCAAAAUGAUUGAAGCGGGACUUUACCCGAAUGGUUAUACAUUUGUUAAACUCUUAAGCAUGUCUUCUUUUGUCGGUUUGGGAAUGGGUUGUGGGAAAGUACUGCACGCACAAUUAAUCAGAUUUGGUGUGGAAAUGAAUUUGGUGUUGAAGACAGCCAUUGUUGAUAUGUAUGCAAAAUGCAAGCGGAUGGAAGAUGCCAUUAAGGUCUAUAAUCAGACGCCUGAAUGCGAUGUGUACUUAUGGACUACCAUAAUCUCUGGAUUUGUCCAAAAUUUUCGGGUUAGAGAGGCUGUUAAUGCGUUUGUUGAUAUGGGAUUGUCUAAAACUCCACCAAACAAUUAUACAUAUGCAAGUUUAUUGAAUGCUAGCUCCUCAGUUUUAUCAUUGGAGCUAGGGGAACAGUUUCAUUCACGGGUCAUCAUGGCUGGAUUGGAGGAUGAUAUUUUUGUUGGAAAUGCGCUGAUAGAUAUGUACAUGAAAUGCUCCCAGACCACAGCAAAUGGAGUGAAAGCUUUUAGAGGGCUAGCCUCGCCGAAUGUCGUCUCUUGGACCUCUUUGAUUGCUGGUUUUGCAGAAAAUGGUUUAGAAGAAGAAUCUUUUCAGUUAUUCGGUGAGAUGCAAGCAGCUGGAGUGCAACCAAAUUCAUUUACGCUAUCUACUAUCCUUGGAGCUUGCAGCAAAAUUAAAUCUCUUAUUCAAACAAUGAAAAUUCAUGGAUUUAUCAUAAAAACAAAAGCAGACAUAGACAUAGUUGUAGGGAAUGCUCUUGUAGAUGCUUAUGCUGGAGGGGGGAUGGCAGAUGAAGCAUGGUCUGUAAUUCGCAAGAUGAACCAUAGAGAUCCCAUCACAUACACAAGUUUAGCAGCAAAAUUAAAUCAAAGGGGAGAUCACGAAAUGGCAUUAAAAGUCAUCACUCAUAUGUGCAACGAUGAGAUAAAUAUGAGUGAAUUUAGUUUAACAAGUUUUUUAUCAGCAGCAGCUGGCUUAGGCACUAUGGAAACUGGAAAGCAGCUACAUUGUUACUCUGUCAAAUCAGGUUUCCUAUGUAACUCAGUUUCAAAUAGCCUUGUUCACUUGUACAGCAAGUGUGGUAGCAUGCAAGAUGCAUACAAAGCUUUCAAAGAUAUAAGUGAGACAGAUACAGUGUCAUGGAAUAGUUUGAUAUCUGGAUUGGCAUCAAAUGGACAUAUAUCCGAUGCUCUUUCUGCCUUUGAUGACAUGAGAUUAGCGGGAGUUAAACCUGAUUCUUUCACAUUCUUAUCACUGAUUUUUGCUUGCAGCCAAGGUAGGUUAUUGAACCAGGGUCUUGAUUAUUUCUAUUCCAUGGAAAAAACAUAUGAUGUAACACCAAAGUUGGAUCACUAUGUGUGUUUAAUUGAUCUCCUUGGUAGAGGUGGUCGCCUAGAGGAAGCUAUGGGAGUUAUUGAAACAAUGCCUUUCAUACCAGAUUCAGUAAUUUAUAAAACCCUAUUGAAUGCUUGCAACUUACAUGGAAAUGUGCCACUGGGAGAAGAUAUGGCAAGGAGAUGUCUUGAGCUUGAUCCAAGUGAUCCUGCAGUAUAUUUGCUGCUUGCAAGUUUGUAUGACAAUGCCAGACUCUCUGAUUUCGGUGACAAGACUCGCAAGCUGAUGAGCGAAAGGGGCUUAAGAAGAAGCCCCAGGCAGUGUUGGAUGGAGGUAAGGGGUAAGAUUUAUGUCUUCUCUGCAAGAGAGAAGAUAGAUAAGGAUGAGAUUAACGAAAAGGUAUUGUUUUUUAUAACUGAAAUAAAGAAUAGAGGGUAUCCAUACCAAGAGAAUGAAGAUAAAUUAUACCACGCAGAGCAAUUAGCCCUUGCAUUUGGUGUUCUUAGUGUACCAACUAAGGCUCCAAUACGAAUAAACAAGAAUUCACUUAUCUGCAGUCACUGCCAUUCUUUUAUAAUGCUUGCGACACAAUUUGCUGACAGGGAGAUAAUUGUGAGGGAUAGGAAACGAUUCCAUUUCUUUAAGGACGGCCAGUGUUCAUGUAAAGGUCACUCAUAA